UUAAAAGCAAAAUAAUAAAGUUAAAUGUUAAUAACUUAACUCAGUUAAAAUUAAAAAAGAAAAGACUCUGAGGAAGUAAAUCAAGGUAUAAUUAAUGCCGCGAGAGCAAACAGAAGAUGUUCGUGUGAGAAUUAAUGUAUUAGCAAGCAAUUGUUAUUACAGACGUUUCGAUCCUCUGGUUUGGAUCAUCCUUAGUGUAAAAUUAUGAUCUUUUAGAUUCGUUAUAUACAGAGUUGUUUACUAGUGCUUGACGUUUCUAUCUCUUUCGUCUCUUCGGAUUUACUGUUUAUUUAUUAUAUAUUCAAUGUCAGCUUCACUAUACCGCUUAGUUUUCUGUAACUGUUCAUUCUAUGCACAUCGUUGUUACUUUGUACAUCCGCCUCGUUUCGUCAUCAUCACGGUAGGAUAAGUGAGCUGGGUGUGGAUCGGAAAAACCGAAACAUAUAAAACAGACGUAUUAAACGAGAUAUAUCUUGUAUCGCGACGAUUCUUCGUAAUUAGACGAGAAAACCAAGCUUUAUCAAGGAUGGCAUCGAUCGUCUCAUCGUUAUUACUAUUGGUGUCGAUCCUGUGGGCGACCUAUGGACAGGAAAUCAGUGAGUCAUGCGUGGUCAACAAUUCUGCGGGUGUGUGCAGACUUUUAGAUGAUUGCCUGCAAGUUUACCAGGAAUUGUCAGCCGGUAAAAUACCCAUCCAGUGCGGAUUUUUAGGAUCUACUCCAAUAGUGUGUUGUCCACAACCAGAACUUACUAAACAAACGAAUAUAUCGCAGACUUUGGCAUUGAAAUCAAGGGGAUCUGUAGCACGAGCAAAAUGCGCAGAAAACGCAGCAGCCGUCUCUGGUUUUAAGCAAGAACCGAUGCCGUAUCUCCGUAACUCGUUACUUGCCCAAAUCAGUAGACACAUCGUAAUCGGUGGUACGCCAGCCCAGCCAACAGAAUUUCCACACAUGGCGGCCGUGGGUUUCGGCGAUCGCAAUAAUAUCCAGUGGUUUUGCGGCGGUAGCCUUAUUUCCGCCAAGAUUGUCCUGACAGCAGCCCACUGCAUUUGGACAUCAGAAUUCGGAAAUGCAAACUGGGUACGGCUCGGCGAUCUAAAUCUCGUGCAGACCAAUGACAGCGCGAUGCCACAGACUAUCGCAAUCGCAGAAAGGAUAAGACAUCCCGACUAUAAACGCCCGUUGCUAUAUCAUGACAUAGCUAUACUGCGUCUAAAGGAGAAAGCUAACUAUACUGUAUAUGUCAAACCAGCAUGUCUUCCGGUAAUUUGGCCUGACAUGGGUCAAAAUGAUCAGGCAGUCGCUACUGGAUGGGGUCAAGUCGGAGAGGAUGAGAAAAGUUCAGAUCAGCUAUUAAAAGUGACAGUCAAAUUUGUUUCCCAUGCGUCUUGCAACGAGAGUUACUGCGAUGGUAGCAGCUCCGUGGAGCUCCCAUUAGGAAUCAACAAUGACUGGCAAAUAUGCGCGGGAGAAGAAAAGAAAGAUACAUGUCUGGGUGAUAGCGGAGGUCCACUCACCGUCUUUAGCACGGAGUUUCACAUGUACAACGUAAUCGGGAUCACCAGUCUCGGACGACUUUGCGGCAGCAUCAUACCUGGCGUCUAUACUCGAGUCUAUCAUUACAUUCCCUGGAUAGAAAAAACCGCGUGGCCGGAAAAUUUUUAAGAUAUUACAUUUAAUUUAAAUGUAGCCAUUUUCUCAAGUAUUAAAUAUGUUUCUUUUUUAUACAACACAAAAGUUCUUACCUAACGAUGCAAAUUUAACAAACGUAACAGAGGAAUCAAGCGUGAUGUUGGAAAUAAAUUCGAUGGUAAUGAAAGAAAAGAUACAACCAUUACAAUUUUAACAAAACUUCAUCCAAAGGUAAUGAUAGACUAGGGAAAGAUGGUUUUAAACGUAAUGAUUUUAAUGACAAUCGAGGAGGAAACCACGACGGUGGUGGAACGCCAGGCAAGUGGCAAAACUCUAAUUAGAAUGACAAAGAGCCAGCUUGUAAAGCAAAUUAUAAAAACAAGUAAUUUAAUAGUAAUAUAUCUAUAAUAUAUUACUAUAAUAUACAAUAUAAUAUGUAUAAAUAUGUUACUUAAUGUCAAAAGAUUUUCUUAAAUUGUUCGAAACUAAUAAACCCACAAGCUUAAAUCCAACAGUAAUAUAUUGCCAUAGAUUGGAAUCUAGUUUUGGGCGUCAUUACUCAGGAACUAUAGCAAUCAAAUCAUCAUGGACAAAUUUCUCCUUUUACCUUGAACAACUUUCCUUGCAAAUUUCAUCCAAAUUCAUUAAGUCGUUUUCCAUUUUGUCUUUCUCUGGCCUAAUUUGUGAUCCCUUUAAUUCAUGUAUAUAAAAAUUUAAUAUCUUGUUAACAUAUAAAUGACUAACAUCAUGAACAUUGGUUACUUGUAUAUCAAAAUUAACAAUAUCUAGGUCGACAUUCAUAAAUGAAUUGAAUCAUACUUAACAAAAAUUUAAUAAUAUGUAUUUAAUUUUUUAAUCCCAUAAAGUGUCUUAAACAUCAUUGCAUGAUGUAUGGUAUUAACAGCUAAAAUGAAGUUAUAAUUAAAAAUCAAUUGUAACAUAGUAUCCUUAUUUGAAUAUUUUAUCUUAAUAUUCGCAAACUUCCUAAAAUAACAAUUUAACAUUAAAAUAGCUUAUGACUUAUCAUUCAGUCUAAUGAUCGAUCGCAAGAAUUCAAGCAAAUUUUAUUCAUAAAGAAAAGUUACAAUAAUGUCAGGUGAUGCCGCGAUUAUCAAUCCGCGAGUAAUGUCUUGGCGCAGGUUGUUUAGUCAAUACAAAUGGAACGUGAAGGCGAGCUGUAGUAAUUAACUGUACACGGUCCGCCGGGUUUGACAUAAAGUUUAUUGAUACCGGGAAGUGCGAUGAGAUCCUGGAUAACGUGAGUUUACAUAGAUAUUUACAAAAACUUCUACAAAUUUUAUUCCACGAUGUAAGUUAAUACCAUAUAUUAUGUUGCAAUAUGAGAUUAUGACAUAUUAAAACAGGUUGAAAUUACAUAAUUAUAAAUAAAAAAAGAAAUAUUUAUAAAGUAUAUAAAUAAAACAAAUUGAGAAAGUUUUUAUACUUACA